UCUGAGCCUCUGGGCUUGCAGCCUCUGUGCAGCCUCUGGGCUUGCGAAACGCAGCAUCCUCUAGACCCCGCCCGACCACCUUGUGUCUGCUCAGCAUAGCAGCAGCAGCAGUGCUGGUCCAAUGCCAAUGCACCGAAUACAGCGCCGUGGCCAAGACGCGACAGGGGGGCGGAGUGCAGCACGAUCGCGGUGCUUCGUUGGAGAAUCUGUCGCACUUUCCGCUCGUCGUCGCGCCGGAGUCACCAAACGGGGUCGGCCACAAAGCUUGGCUGUGCACCUCUUCGCUCGCUGCACACACCGACGCUGGCGUGGCACUCGUUUCUUGGCGAGAUUCACAAUGACAGAAUUGCGACGCUCAACUCUCACCACUCUUCCUGCCAAGACGCAAAAACACGCACGACCAAAUUAUGGUUCGGAUCAGUGCCUCACUCGGCCGCCAAGACUCUGUGCACAUGCCCAAGGUACGGGCCCGCCGUACGGGGGUACGGGACAUGGGACACGGGACACGGGACACGGGACACGGGACACGGGACACGGGAUACGGGAUACGGGAUACGGAUACGGGUACUCAACAAGUCGGCGAGGUCAGCCAUCCUUGCCGUCUGUCCUCGGGCGAGCUGCCUUGCCUUCUUCUGGGUCAAUUGGAUGGCGCCGCAGAGCAAUAGCCCCGUUCUCUCUACCGACUCGCCGAACGAGCCCACAGGCGGCAGCACGGGCAGCGGCCAGACGUCAGUAUUAACAACGACGCCCGUUUCCAAGACAUGGCUGUGGUACCGCAUCACGGAUGCCCAUUUAUCGACAACAUGUUUCCCCGAUAGGUCCGUCAAACGUUUCGGAUCAGGAGCCCCUCG